AUGGAAAAGUUCCAAUUAGCAUCUAGAUAUGAACCUGGCAAAUUCAAUGUUUGGAUUGAAUAUAACAAUUUGGCUAUGAUUACUAAGCCUUUGAAUUUGGGUCAAGGAUUUCCAGAUUAUGAACCACCAUCUCGGUUUUCUAAUUUCUUAGCAGAAGUGGCUGCAGAAAAGAAUUUAUAUUCUCAUCAAUAUACACGUGGAAUGGGUCAUGUACGUUUGGUGAAUGCAUUAUCCAAACUAUAUUCAAGCCUAAUUAACCGGAAAAUUGAUCCACUGAAUGAAAUAUUGGUUACCGUUGGAGCAUAUGAAGCACUUUUUUGUACUAUACAGAGUAAUAUAAACGUGGGCGAUGAAGCAAUUAUUAUUGAACCUUUUUUUGAUUGCUACGAACCAUUAAUACGUAUAGCUGGAGGACACCCCAAAUUCAUAUCAUUACAAAAUACAAAGCCUUAUAGUUCAGAAUCACAUUCGAGUGAUUGGAAACUUGACCCUGAAGAACUUGCCUCACUAUUCAACUCUAAAACUAAACUUAUCAUCAUAAACACACCACAUAAUCCAUUGGGAAAAGUAUUUGAUUACGACGAGUUAACGAUGAUUGCAGAUUUGGCCAAAAAACAUAAUGUUUUAGUUAUUUCUGACGAGGUAUAUGAGUGGUUGGUAUAUGCUCCAGCAAAGCACAUAAGAAUGGCUACACUUCCUGACAUGUGGGAAAGAACAAUUACAAUUGGAUCUGCUGGAAAAACAUUUAGUAUGACUGGUUGGAAACUUGGAUGGGCAUAUGGUCCGGCUAAUCUUAUAAAAAAUCUAAUGGUUGUUCAUCAGACUACUAUUUAUACAUGCGCAACACCCGUUCAGGAAGCUACUGCAAGAGCAUUUGAACAUGAAAUCAGUGUACUUGAUACACCAGAAAGUUAUUUUCAAAAUUUAUCCAAAGAGUUAAAACCAAAAAUGCAUUUUUUGUCUAAUGUAUUAAAAGAAACUGGCUUCAAACCUAUUAUACCUGAUGGCGGAUAUUUUAUAAUUUCGAAUUGGAAAAUGUUUGAAAAUAAAAUAGAUUUAACCCUGGAAACUGAUGAAUACAUGGACUUACGGUUUACAAAAUGGCUUUCCAAAAAUGUCAAACUUCAAAGUAUACCUUUUUCAAUAUUUUUCUCCGAAAGAAGUAAACUAUGUGCUCAAGACUAUAUGCGACUUUGUUUCUUUAAAAAAGAUGAAACUUUAAAGGAAGCUGAAAAAAUUUUAACUACAUGGACAAGCAAUUUAACUUGA